CAGGCCAGAGCUGGUCUAACGUCUGUUCAGAAGGAGGAGGGAGAAUAUCCUGAGGAGACCAUUUCAGACCAAUCACAGCAGCUGCUGAGGCUGCGACGUGCACUUCCUCAAAAACGACAAAAAAACAUCCAGAGCCACGGUUUCACUGGACUGAACCAAGAGAAUAUAAGGAGGGGAAAGUAAGGAGCAGGUCAGACCUCACCUGAAACCUCUGGACCAUCAUCAUCAUCAUCAUCAUCAUCAUGAAGAAGACUCUGAGCUUCAUCGUGGGUCUGAUGCUGCUGCUGUUCACCGUUCAACGCUGCAGCUCUGACCUUGCCGUGGGUCAGACCCCUUCUGACCGUUGCUGCUUUGCUUUCCUUCCGGGACCGAUUCCACGUCGAAACAUAGCCUCCAUCAGGGCCACAGACAUUCGAUGCUCUGAACCAGCGUUUGUGAUCACGACUAAUAAAAACAAAGAGUUCUGUGUGAGGCAGAGUUCUACCUGGGCACAAAAACUUUAUGAAGAAGCACUCAACUCCCAGAUCUGAUGUCAACUCAUCUCACAGCGUCUUUAAUUCACUGUAAUGAAGCUCUCUGUUCUCUUUCAGCUUAUCUGUGGAUGUUAAACCAUUUUGUGCAUGUCUGUUUUCUCUGUUCUGUUCAAGAAUGAUUUGGAAUAAAAAUGAAAAUGAUUUUUUAUUAAACUUCUUAAAAUGAUUCUACUGGAAAAUCCUCUUUUUAUGAGUUUAAACUACUGGAUGAAUGAAUAUGUGAUAAUUAAGUGUGAUUAUUCAAGAUGUACUGAUUAUAAAUGAACUUUUCUAGCUUUAUUCUCAAAGUGAAUUAACCAAACAAACACGUGUCUGUUUCCUUUUCCCUGAAUGUGUUUCCAGUGUCCCUGGAAAUACUUCAGCAACCCCCCAGACCUGUGAGUUUAAGGUAAAACAAAUUUAGAAGCUGUAGUCGAUGGGGGAAGUAGGAACUAAAGCUCGUCUGUGAAGAUUCUCUCCAUGAUUCUCACCGUGGGUCUGAUGCUGCUGCUCUUCACCGUUCAACGCUGCAGCUCUGACCGUUGGUAACACUGCUUGUUAUAGAUCACCGAGGGCUAUUGUUUUGUUGUUGUUAUUGUUUAAUUUUAUAUUAACCGUAUGAAACAUCUUGUUUCUUAUUUGCUUGUUUUCUCUGCUCUGUUCAGGAAUGAUCUGCAAUAAAUAAUUAGAUCUGAAUAAUAA